GACAACGCGACAUCUCCGAUUGCGAAUUCACGAAAUGCCGACGAACAGCCGAGACCGUGUAUCGUGAAUAAAUCAGUACCAAUCGGUACUGACCGGUACCAAUUACUGCAUAUUAAUCUCACAUUUUUGUUCAUUUGUUCGCGCGUGUCUGCAAAAAUUUCUAUCGUGGCUGUGACGUCACGCGAUAUCCAUUACUGGCAUCGGUGAUCGUCGUCAGCAGCAGCGAGUCGUCAAGUGGGGAACUCCCAUGGAUCUUUCUCCGUAUCAGUGAAAAUCCUGCGUGCGAGGUACACGUCACUGUUCGUUUCCGAAACAAAUGUCGCACCCAUCUGUCGAUGUUGAUCGGCGCAAUUAGUCGCGAGUAUACCGUUAACAAAUAUUUUCGGCCAGUUUAUCUACCGUCUUAUCCUGAUAAAUAUUAUUUGUUCCUAAUGUACUUAUCUCCCGGCUAAUUCUCCUAUACGCACGAUUAGAUGAGAUUCUGGUUACUUACUUGUGCAGCAAGUUCCGCGUAUUUUCAUUGAUUAGAUUUGAAGCAAGAACGGCCAGUUUUUUCUUGUUGCGUCGAGUGAAAAUUUGUUACAUAUCUCCGCUACUUUCACCGAGACUUACGGACGUAACGGUAAACCGCGAUAUUAAAAAGAAUUCUCUGUAUAUGUAUUUUUUUUGUACGUGACCUCAUUCCGCCUGUUUGACUUAGAAAUUCUAUUGAAAUCUGCAUUUUAUUGUGAAAAAUGCAGUACUUCCUGAUAUUUAUUUUGACAUGUGCAAUGGUGCAAUAUGUUGUUGCACCACCUGUAAACCAGAAGAAGAAGGAUGGAGAACACACUAACGAAAAUGAAGUAGAAGACAUGGAUGAAAUGGGAGACAUUAUGGAGUAUCGUAGGUACCUGAUGGAAGUGAUUGGAGUAUUAGAGACUGACCCAGAGUUUCGGGCAAAGUUGGAAAAUGCAAACCAAUCAGACAUACACACAGGGAAAAUAGCUGAUCAACUACAAUUUGUGAGUCAUAAUGUUAGAUCAAGAUUAGAUGAGAUAAAGAGAACAGAAUUAGAAAGAUUAAGACACCUUGCAACAAAAGAGAAUGAAUUGAAGAAUGGUUUAGACGUUGAUCAUCUGAAAAUAGCUGAACAUCUGGAUCAUACUAAUACACGUUCAUUUGAAAUACAAGAUUUAAAGAAAUUAAUUGCAAAGACUACAAAAGAUUUAGCAGAGGCCGAUAGAAAAAGGAGAGAGGAAUUCAAACAGCAUGAAAUGGAAGUGAAAUUUGAAGAACAGGAACAAUUAAAACGUAAAAAUAUGAGUGAUGCAGAACGACAUAAGUACGAACAAGAACAAUUGGAACUUAAAGAGAAACACAAAAAACAUAAGCCUAUACAUCAUCCAGGUAGUAAACAGCAACUGGAAGAAGUAUGGGAAGCACAAGAUCAUAUGAAUCCUGAUGAUUUUAAUCCUAAAACGUUUUUCUAUAUGCAUGAUAUUGAUGGUAAUGGAGUGUGGGAUCAAGAUGAAGUUAAAGCACUAUUUUUUAAAGAAUUAGAUAAGAUUUAUGUUCAAGGCGCAUCAGGAGAGGAACUCGUAAAGCGUGCGGAAGAGAUGGAAAGAAUGAGAGAACACGUUUUUCAUGAAGCCGAUCUUAAUAAAGACUCCCUUAUCAGUUACGAAGAAUUUCUAGAGCAAACUAAGAAACCAGAUUUUCAACGAGACGAGGGAUGGCAAGGAUUGGACGAGGAACAAAUUUUUACUCAAGAAGAGUAUCAAGCUUUUGAAAGGCAUAAGCAAGAAGAGAUCCAAAAGAUGGUUGCUCAAGGAAUGAUGCUACCGCAACACCAAGGUGGCAUACCAGUACAACAUGAAAUGGAUUUUCAGCAUCCCCAGCAGCAGUUCCAAGAACAUCCACAGUACCAUCAACAACAGCCUAUGGGGGUUCCUCAGCAACAAUAUCCUAAUCAUGUACCAGUGCAAUUAAAUCAUGGUCAAAUGCCUCAACAGUAUCAUCCACAGUUAUCAGGGCAGCAACAAUUUCAAGGUCAAGCACACUUGAACCAGCAAUAUCAACCAAUGCCCCCACAGCAAUUGCAUGGAUCAAUACCGGUCCAGCAACCUCAAGGACAAAUUCCAAUUCAGCCUCAGGGACAAAUUCCGGUUCAGCCUCAAGGACAACUUCCGGUUCAUUCCCAAGGACAACUUCCGGUUCAGCCUCAAGGAGUUAAUCAGCAGCAGAAUCCCGUGCAUCAAGUACCACAAAGUGUGCCAGGCAAUGCGGCAUCACAGCAACAUAAUCAAUUAAACUCGCAGCCGGCACAGGCGGCCGUGCAGCAGGAGAUUAAUAGAAAUAAUAUUCAAACUGGUGGCAAAGCAUGAGUUUUCAUCUUUAAAACUUUACUGAUGAAGGGUGCGUAUUGCCAGGUGAGAAGCUCUAAAGAUUCGAUGAGAUUGGGAUGUUAAGUUUGAAGGAGAUAACUAUAAAGCUACUCUGUCUUACUACUUCCAUGUCUUUGUCACAUUUGUCAGCCCAUUAAUUCUAUUGUCUUUAUACGAUUAUAUGCAGAGUUUUAACAUUGCGUUAGUAACGCAGAAUCGAUUAAUUUAUUUAUCGGAAAAUGUAAAUAAAAACUGUUUUCAGGAAA